ACUGUCACUUUUGACAUAUAUCAAACAUAUGACAUUCCCUGUCCUGUCACGCUAAAGGGGAUCUAAAAAUAAAAAGGGGCAUUUAAAAGUUCAUUAAAAUCGAAAAUAAUAUAUUUUUUUAAUAAAUUUAAUAGGUGCCAUGGCUUCGCAACUAUUCAGGAAAAUCGCAUCAAAUAAGCCCCUAGGCCAAAGACUUUACAGUGCUGAAGUAAAAAAAUGUACUCUAAUCCCUGGCGAUGGAAUUGGUCCAGAAAUAUCUGCAGCAGUUCAAAAGAUCUUUGAGGUUGCCAAAGUGCCAAUAGAGUGGGAAAGUGUGGAUGUCACACCUGUCAGGGGCCCAGAUGGCAGAUUUGGUAUCCCUCAAGCAGCUAUUGAUUCAGUUAAUAGAAAUAAAAUUGGUCUAAAAGGACCCCUGAUGACCCCAGUAGGUAAGGGCCAUAGAUCUCUUAACUUAGCCCUUAGGAAGGAGUUCAAUUUAUAUGCCAAUGUGAGACCAUGCAGAAGCUUAGAAGGAUAUAAGACCCUCUAUGAUGAUGUAGAUGUAGUUACUAUCAGAGAAAACACAGAAGGUGAAUACUCAGGUAUUGAACAUGAAAUUGUGGAUGGUGUUGUACAAAGUAUUAAGCUUAUUACUGAAGACGCCUCCAGAAGGGUAGCAGAAUUUGCUUUCCAAUAUGCCAUAGAGAAUAAUAGGAAGCAAGUCACUGCUGUACAUAAAGCCAACAUUAUGCGUAUGUCUGAUGGUCUCUUCCUCCGCUGCUGCCGUGAAAUGGCUAAAAAGUACCCACAGGUGAAGUUUGAAGAAAGAUACCUAGACACUGUAUGCCUAAAUAUGGUCCAAGAUCCUUCCAAAUAUGAUGUUUUAGUAAUGCCCAACUUGUAUGGUGAUAUUUUAUCUGAUAUGUGUGCAGGUCUUGUGGGAGGUUUGGGACUUACUCCUUCUGGGAAUAUUGGACUUAAUGGAGCUUUGUUUGAAUCUGUACACGGCACUGCCCCAGAUAUUGCUGGUCAAGACAAAGCCAACCCUACAGCGCUCUUACUUUCAGCUGUUAUGAUGUUGAGGUACAUGCAACUCACUCCCUAUGCUAAUAUUAUUGAAAAGGCAUGUUUUGAUACCAUCAAAGAAGCCAAAUACUUAACUGGUGAUUUGGGUGGCAAAGCCAAAUGUUCAGAAUUCACAAAUGAAAUCUGCUCAAAGGUGGCUCAGGCGUCGUAAUUCAAACAUCGGUCAUUUUUGACAGUGUGGUUCAUUAUUUUUAAUUUUUACUCCAUUAUGUUACCGUCCUAAUUAUUUUUGUCAUUUUCGGUCAUUGUUCAUUCGUUUUUUGAAAUAGAGUUUUACAUUCGUCUCUACUGCUGUCAAAGUGAUAAAUGAAAUAAGGACAACAAACCAAUUAUAGAAAAUAUAAUAUUUAUUUAUCCGCGUUUAGUUUUUACAGAAGCUUUAUAAGGCUAUAGAAAUUAUGAUUUGUCUGAUAUGUAAAUAAUAUUUAUUGCAGUUAAGUCUUAAACUUAUUUACCUUAUGAUUUGUUAGGUACCACUUUCAUUCUCAUUACUACCAUGGAAAAAUUGUUUGGUAAUACAUGACAAAAUAACAAUAUUUUGGACUCAUAUUGUUUUCAGUAUUUCCGGUUUUUUUUUUCGAAUUAUGUGUUGUGAUUUUAUGUUUAAUUUAGAUCAUUCUAUUAAACUCAUAAUAAAGUAGAGUGUACCGUAA